CGCAGAGACCGAGCAGAGGCGGGAAAUGGCGCCUGGUAACACAGCGAUGUGUCGUUCCGGAGAUGGCCCUGAGUAGAUACACAGAAAACAACUACCAACCUCUGCUGUGAUGGUUCGUCGGUGUUGAGUCGGUAUCGUCAGACACUGCGGAUCACUGUAAACCUUACAUGUGACUGCUAAAACAAUGAGGCUGAGAAUGCGUAAGGCGUCUCAGCAGCCGAACCCCAGUCUGGCAAGCCGCCCAUCCCGUACCAAGCGGAGGCAUUCAGAAGUAGAAGAGGACACUCCUUCAAGCGGAGGGAGGGGAUUGUUCUCCACCAUCAAGAAGUUCAUCAGAGGAAAUGCUGUUAAGGUGCAGCCGGAGAGCCCAGCCAAGAAGACACGCCUCCACUGUGAUGUGGACAACAACCUGAUCACCUCUACAACCCCGGACACCAACACCCCACGCAGGACUAUCGGCAGGGUUGGCAGGAGAGGUUCCCUCAAUGGACAGGCAACCAAUCACGACAGAAGUAAGGAGAAGCCCAAUGGCAGCCUGGAGGAGACGACGGCUGUUGAGGUGCCCACCAGCCCUCCCAGGACCACCCUUCUUGGGACCAUCUUCUCCCCUGUUUUCAACUUCUUCUCACCAGCUAAAAAUGCCUCCUCUGGCUCAGACUCACCAGACCAGGCAUUGGAGGCCGAGGAGAUAGUCAAGCAGCUGGACAUAGAGCAAGCAGUGGAGACGCCCACCAGCACAGCCACAUCCACACAGGAACUGUGUGCCACCACUAACUUCUACUCUAGUGUAUCACAGCUGCCACCUAUGCGGCCUCCUCACACCCUCGAGGAAUCUCCCACAGCGAGGGAGGGAGAGCUCUGCACUGAUGCUGACCUUCCACCCCUCACAGCUCCAGGCUCCAGUCCAGAAAUGGCCUAUGUGGACUCUCCUCCCGCCGCAGUACCACCAGAGGCAACCUAUGAGGAAGACUGGGAAGUCUUUGACCCGUAUUUCUUCAUCAAGCACGUCCCUCCGCUGACAGAAGAGCAGCUCACUCGUAAGCCGGCUCUGCCACUGAAGACACGCAGCACGCCCGAGUUCUCUCUGGUCCUAGACCUGGAUGAGACGUUGGUUCACUGCAGUUUAAACGAGCUGGAGGACGCAGCACUUACCUUCCCUGUCCUCUUUCAAGAUGUCAUUUACCAGGUGUACGUGCGCCUGAGGCCGUUCUUUAGAGAGUUUCUGGAACGCAUGUCUCAAAUUUAUGAGAUCAUCCUUUUUACAGCCUCUAAAAAGGUGUAUGCAGACAAACUGCUGAACAUCUUGGAUCCUAAAAAGCAGCUAGUGAGACACAGGUUGUUCCGUGAGCAUUGUGUCUGUGUCCAGGGAAACUACAUCAAGGACCUCAACAUCUUGGGCAGAGAUCUGUCAAAGACCAUCAUCAUCGACAAUUCACCGCAAGCCUUUGCAUAUCAGUUGUCCAAUGGGAUUCCCAUAGAGAGCUGGUUCAUGGACAAGAAUGACAAUGAGCUGCUGAAGCUGGUGCCCUUCUUGGAGAAGUUGGUUGAGAUGAACGAGGAUGUGCGGCCACACGUCCGGGAGAGGUUCCGGCUUCACGACCUGUUGCCUCCUGAUUGAACUUGACCGCAGUCUCUCAGAACGGGACAACAUGAAAAGACUGAAAACAACGUGCGUGUAAAAAGCCCCUCUUUGGAUUACAAACUACAACAUUGCCAUUGUUAAAAAAAAAAUUAGCCUUUUUUUUCUCUUUCUUUUAUUGUUUUUAAAUCCACCGUUGCUUUUUAAAAAAAAAAAAAAAACUUGAACAGAAAAACAUUUUUAAAGAUCUGGGCGAAAUUUUUCUAAAGCUCCAAAUGUAUAGGUGAAAUGACACGCGCUAUGAACAAGUCCAGGUAAACUCCUCUUUUUGAGUGACUCUCCAGACGUGGAGCCGGAUAUUUCCUCCACACUAAAUCCUGAAGUCUUGGUGCUGGUUUGGUGGAUCUAUAAAAGAGGAACUCCUCCCCGACUGAGUCCCUGAACCCAAACCAACCGCUGGUGCUCACGCUGUUGACGCUGACGAAUAACCACACUCUGUGGCUACAGACCAUUUUCAGCAGGAAUGACUGGCCUGUAAAUCAAUCUGUGCAUGUGUGUAUGUUUACUCCUAGCCACACACACAUACACACACACUGAUUUGGUGUUUUCGCAAACCUACAAUCUGUAGCCUUUAAAAAUCAUAUGCAUUCCUCCGUAGCUGAGUCAAGUUUCUAUUGUUGGUUGCAGUUUUUUUCUGGUAAAACUGGUGUUUCAUUGUUUAAAAAAAAAAAGAAAAAAAGAUAGCGUUUCAAAAUGUUUUACUUCUGUUUGUAAGAUACGAUGUUUUAAAAGGGGUCGUGUAAGUUUUUAUUGUAAGCCUUUUUUUUUCCUAUCGAGGAGAACAUGGGUGCAUAUUAAUGACAGUCCACUGCAUAGUCACACAGAAUGCGAUUAAUCCAGGACUUUAAGUUUAGUUUCUUCUCAUUCUAACAAAUAGAGGUUUAAACCGACGUGUUGGCUUCACUGUGGACACAACAUGGCUCCUUAAUUAAAUGUUAGGAUUAAGGAUAUCCUUAACUGUAAAUCUGUCACAUUGUAAAAGGUUUGAGGGCAUUCAUUUUCAAAGUGAUAAUGUGUCAGCCUUUCUUUAAUAAUAGUAUUUGAUUUGUCAUUUGUCUAUAAUCAGUAUUGUCUUUUCCUCCUAAUCAAGUAUUCUGGCUGAAAUCAGUUUCUUUUAGUUGUAAUGUGUAAUUUGAUGGCUAUAUGAGUAGCAUCAUGACUAAUGUAGCACAUCUCUGCCAGUGCGUCAUAAAACCUAUGACCAGACCAUGUACCAGCCAUAUCUGGCACCAGCAACAUACUGUUUUCACAGUCAGCCUCGCUGACUGCUCGUCUACCUGUUUCAUAUUUUUUUUACUUUGUACUUUUAAAGCUUUUAUUGUUUUUUUCUUCUUUUUUAGUGCAGUUUAAUGCAUUGUGUUUAAGAAUGGUAACUAUAUGAAUGUGUUUAUGCCCGACAUCAGCCUGGACACUCAAGCCAAACUGACAUUUUUUUUUACUCCUCUGUUGUUUCAACGUAAUUUAUUCAACAGUAGGCAGAAAUGUAGAUGUUUCGUUGGCAUCCUUACAAGCCUAAACCUGGGAGGUAAAGACGGGAAGAUGAAACGAGUUAACUUGAAUCUCCGUGACAAUUUGGCAUGCGUUGUUGAACCUUUUUUUUUUAGUUCUUGUUCCAAUCAAAGUGCAUUUUAUGUUUAAGCAAAUGUGAGUGUUUGGAUUUGUCUAGGUUGCCUGUACAGUGCCAUACGACCCCCUCCCCCUUUACAAACCCGCCUCCUCCUACUAUGGCAUCUCCUGCUCUCGCCCCCAAAACGUUUAGAUGGAAAAAGAGACAAUCAGACCUCAAAAGCUCUGCAGAAACUGAACCUGGAGACACCCAGCCUUUCCCCUGAUUUUAAUUUUUUUUUACUUUUCCGUGUGCUGUAUGUGUUGUGUACUGUGGUUCCAUUGAGUUGUACCCCUCCCCCACCUCCCAUACGAGUAGAUGAGUAGAUUUGCCAGGUAACUCCUGCUGCCCAAACAAUCCCUGCUGCUCUCUUAACGCAGGCUCUGCUCUCAAAGAUGGCUUCCAUCUGCUCAGCCUGUCUUUGCCUUUUUUUAAAUUUUUCUUUACAUUUCUACCUGAAGUUAGGAGCUCUCCAGAAAUUAGAAUAACCGGUAGUUUGUAUUCAAUUAAAUUGUUACAGGGCACAAUGGUGUUUACUCAGACAUAAUGUCGAGAGUGCACAUGUCCAGACUAUGAAUGUAAAUUGUACAUGGUGUGAAGUCUUAAGCGUCUUUCCGAAUCCCUCGUUUGGGUUCGCUCCUCAUCAACUAGAACAAGAAGCAGCUUGUGUCUGCAUGUUGAGGAGGAGGAGACUUGACUUGAGGUCCCACCAUGGUAGCCCCUCUCCCCACCCCCCAUGACCUCCCACCAUCCUGACUGCCAUCGUUCAGUAUGCAAGCCUCAUGUGGAGCCCGGGUGUGCUCGUCCCCUCAGCGUGAUCACGUGUAAAAAUCGUGCACGGCUUGUUUUUCUGAAGGAUCGGUGGGAGGCAUUUGAUACUUCUCAUCCAGCUCAUUUUUAAUGUGCAUUACCAGUUUAUUGUACACUCGAGUGUCGUACAAUACAUGCAGCUUCAUGUUUUAAAAAAAAUCCUUAAAGUAAGGAAAAAAAUCUUUUGUAUUUUUGAUUUCAAAAGGCAUGUCAUAUCUACUUUUUAAAUGUAUUAAUGAAGAUUUAACUUUACAUCAGAUGGAGUGUUUUUUUUCUUACAAAUAUCUGUAUGUUUAGUUUAGCGCAAUGUCACUGAACUGUUAAACUUAGCAUGUAGAAAAUACCGCUUGCUUUUGUGGGAAAGUCCUGAAUUAAAUUUUAAAUCAUGGCACUUUUUCAGCAGAAAAGAGCAAUCGUGUUAAUGAAUUUUUUUUUCUCCUCCAAUAUCCGUUAAGCCAUUUUACUUGCAAGAAUUGCUAUUUGUGCUGAAGAUGUAUUUAAAAAUGUUUUAAGACAUCUUUGUUAGCCGUCAGGCUAUAUGCUAUUGUAAAGUGUAUAUACAGUUACAUUGAAUUUCUGAAACAAAGUUUUAAAGUUAAAAA